AUGGCAAGAAAACCAUUUUUAAGUAACACUGAAAAAGAAAAGCGGAGGAAAGAAAGGGAUCGAUUGAAAAAGGAAAGGAAGAGAAAAGCUCAGGAUUUAAACAAUCAAGGUUGCAAAAGAAGUGUCAAUUCUGGGGAAAAAGCAAGAAAUGACGUUCCCUCUACCUCUAAGUCUGAGGUUUUUGCAAUAACAGAUAAAGAAGUUGAAGUAAAAAAAACAUGCGUCUCUGCUUUUCGAGAAAAAGAAAUGCUUAAAGAUGCCGAAGCCAAACGAUUAAAGAGAAAAAAUGCUACUUUUCGACAAGAAGAAAAGGUUCGUGAUGCAAUGACCAAACGAGUGAAAAGAGCUGAAGUAAGCCUUCGUGAAGAUGAAAAACAGAAAGACGCAGAAGCGAAAAGAGUAAAGAGAGCUGAAGUCAGCGUCCGUGUAAAAAAGAGAUUGAAAGAUGCGUCAGCCAAAAAAGUAAAGAGGACAGAUGUCAGCCUCCGAAAAGAAGAAAAAGUGAAAGAUGCGGAAGCCAAGCGUGUGAAGAGAGCUGAUGUCAGCAUCCGUAAAGAAGAAAAAGUGAAAGAUGCGGAAGCCAAGCGAGGGAAGAGAGCUGAUGCCAGCAUCCGCGAAAAAAAGAGAGUGCAAGAUGCGUCAGCCAAAAAAGUAAAGAGAACUGAUGUCAGCAUCCGUAAAGAAGAAAAAGUGAAAGAUGCGGAAGCCAAGCGAGUGAAGAGAGCUGAUGUCAGCAUCCGUAAAGAAGAAAAAGUGAAAGAUGCGGAAGCCAAGCGAGUGAAGAGAGCUGAUGUCAGCAUCCGUAAAGAAGAAAAAGAGAAAGAUGCGGAAGCCAAGCGAGUGAAGAGAGCUGAUGUCAGCAUCCGUAAAGAAGAAAAAGUGAAAGAUGCGGAAGCCAAGCGAGGGAAGAGAGCUGAUGCCAGCGUCCGCGAAAAAAAGAGAGUGCAAGAUGCGUCAGCCAAAAAAGUAAAGAGAACUAAUGUCAGCAUCCGUAAAGAAGAAAAAGUGAAAGAUGCGGAAGUCAAGCGAGUGAAGAGAGCUGAUGUCAGCAUCCGUAAAGAAGAAAAAGAGAAAGAUGCGGAAGCCAAGCGAGUGAAGAGAGCUGAUGUCAGCAUCCGUAAAGAAGAAAAAGUGAAAGAUGCGGAAGCCAAGCGAGUGAAGAGAGCUGAUAUCAGCAUCCGUAAAGAAGAAAAAGUGAAAGAUGUGGAAGCGAAGCGAGUGAAGAGAGCUGAUGCCAGCAUCCGUAAAGAAGAAAAAGUGAAAGAUGCAGAAGCCAAGCGAAAGAAGAGAACUGAUGUCAGCGUCCGUGAAAAAAAGAGAAAGCAAGAUGCGAGAGACAAAAAAGUAAAGAGGACAAAUGUCAGCUUUCGUAAAGAAGAAAAAGUGAAGGAUGCGGUAGCUAAACGGGAAAAGAGAGCUAAUAUCAGUGACCGUGUAAAAAAGAGAUUCAUAGAUGCAACAGGCCAGAAAGUAAUGAGGGUAAAUGAAGGAGCUUCUACCUCUAAGAAAACACCUGAUGCACAGAACGAUGAACCGAGUGAAACCAUUAAUCUUGACCAUGAAGACAAGCAAGCUGAUAUAGCUGCAGAAAAUUCAAAUUUGAAUGACGUUUGGGACGAAGAAUUCACUGAUGAUGAUGCUAUCAAUGAAGAAUUGUUCAAUCAGGUUUACCACGAAACACUUUUGGAGCCCGUAGAAGGCAUUAAAUUUGCACCAGGUGAAGAUAUUUUGCAAGCAUAUCUUGAGCACAAUUUAUUGUCAUCAUUUUGA